GACGAUAGUCACGAAGAGAGACAAGUUGUUGUUGGAGGGAGGCGAUACCACCGGUUUUGCGGGAGAGAGAGAGAGAGAUUACAACAGUUACAAGAGCAGCAGGAUUGGUGCUUUCUUUGCGUUACGACUCUCAGAUCUCGCGAUCGUUACAUGCAAAAAGAGAAGACACAGAGAGAGAGAGAGAAAACGUGGAGAACGGAAUCCAAGGCUCGUGGCUUUCUGCAAUUAAAUUCGCAUUUAGGGGCACUAUAAUUUGGACUGUUUUUCAGCUUCUUCUUUGAAUCGGAGAGAGAGAAGACUGAAGAGUAAAGUGUUUGUGUGUUUGGUGAUUGAGAGAAGUUUUAAUCAGCUUUGGAUUUUUGGAUUUUUGACUUUGCGGCGAGCUGCUGGUUACAAGCUGGAGCUUAUGGCGAAUCGCGGAGGUGAUGGAGGCGGAGAACAUUUGUACGAUGAGCUAUGGAAAUUAUGCGCAGGACCUCUGGUUAAUGUUCCUCAAGCUGAGGAAAGAGUGUAUUACUUCCCUCAAGGUCACAUGGAACAACUCGAAGCGUCAACGCAACAGGACUUGAAUACGAUGAAGCCGCUUUUCAAUCUUCCUCCAAAGAUUCUCUGCAGAGUUAUGAACGUCCGUCUUCAGGCGGAGAAAGAUACGGAUGAAGUAUAUGCCCAGAUUACUUUGAUCCCUGAAGGAACACAAGUUGAUGAACCUAUGAGUCCUGAUCCUUCUCCUCCCGAGACGCAGAGGCCAAAAGUUCACUCUUUCAGCAAGGUUUUGACAGCGUCUGAUACAAGCACGCAUGGUGGAUUUUCUGUUCUAAGGAAACAUGCGACGGAAUGCCUUCCUCCGCUGGAUAUGACCCAGCAAACCCCGACCCAGGAGUUAGUAGCCGAAGAUGUGCACGGUUAUCAGUGGAAAUUCAAGCAUAUUUUUAGAGGCCAACCACGGAGGCAUCUUUUGACGACAGGGUGGAGCACCUUUGUUACAUCAAAGAGAUUGGUUGCUGGGGACACCUUUGUAUUCCUGAGAGGUGAGAACGGAGAGUUGCGUGUUGGAGUCAGACGUGCUAAUCGUCAACAGAGCAGUAUGCCUUCAUCCGUCAUAUCAAGUCAUAGCAUGCAUCUUGGAGUGCUUGCCACCGCAUGCCAUGCUACUCAAACCCGUACUAUGUUCACCGUUUACUAUAAGCCAAGGACAAGCCAAUUCAUCAUCAGCUUGAACAAAUAUCUGGAAGCCAUGACCAAUAAGUUCUCUGUAGGGAUGAGAUUUAAGAUGAGGUUUGAGGGAGAGGAUUCCCCUGAAAGAAGUUUUUCUGGCACGGUUGUUGGCGGUAAAGACUGCUCUCCUCACUGGAAAGACUCAAAAUGGCGAUGCCUAGAAGUUCACUGGGAUGAGCCUGCAUCGAUUUCAAGACCCGAUAAAGUGUCACCAUGGGAAAUCGAGCCGUUUGUAACUUCAGAAAAUGUUCCGCAGUCAGUUGUGCUAAAGAACAAAAGGCCCCGUCAAGUCAGUGAAGUAUCUGCACUUGAUGUAGGUAUAACAGCUUCAAACCUUUGGAGUUCUGCAUUGACGCAAUCUCAUGAGUUUGCACAAUCUUGCAUCACGUCGCAGAGAAAUUCCCCUAAGCAAUAUUAUCGUGAUGCAAUUGAGGAUGCCAAGAAUCCUGAUUGGCCAAUUAGCCCUUACUCGGUCUCCAACGUGUCAAAAGACUCAACGCUGAAUGACCAAAUGGUAUUCCCAGUCAAGCAGAAGAAACCCGAGACAACAGCUAGUUAUAGAUUAUUUGGAAUUGAUCUGAUGAGUUCCUCAAUAGCGGCCUCUGAGGAGAAAACUGCAGCCAUGCGACCAAUCAACAUAACCAAACCGACUCCGGAGAGCAACUCCGACCCAAAAUCCGAGAUUUCAAAAGUAUCAGAAGAGAAAAAGCAAGAACCUGCGCAGGCAUCACCAAAAGAGGUACAAAGCAAGCAAAGCAGUUCUACAAGAAGCCGUACCAAGGUGCAAAUGCAAGGUGUACCCGUGGGCAGGGCUGUGGAUUUAACUGUGCUAAGUGGGUACAGUGAGCUUAUAGACGACCUUGAGAAGCUGUUUGACAUAAAAGACGAACUGCGGAGUCGGAGUCAAUGGGAAAUAGUGUUCACAGACGAUGAGGGAGAUAUGAUGCUUGUGGGUGAUGAUCCGUGGCCUGAGUUCUGCAACAUGGUGAAGAGAAUAUUCAUAUGGUCAAAAGAGGAAGUGAAGAAAAUGACGCCAGGGAACCAACUCCGGAUGCUGUUAACAGAAGUUGAAACAGCCUCCAAAACAGAUAACCACUCCGACUAAUUUCCCUUUCUUCUCUACACUCUCUGUCUCCUUAUUAUCUGCCUUGUCUUUUGGAAGUUGUCUUGUUCUGUUUCUGUGAGGGAAGAACGAAAAUGGCUUAAACCUUGUCACAAGAAAAGUAUAAGGUAUAGAAAAAUGGCUCGUUUUUUAGGAGCAUCUUGUGGAGAAAGAGGGUUUAUGGGUAGAGUUUUUUAUUUUCAAGGUAGGCUUCUGUAAGUUUUUAUUGUUUUUCUUAUUAUCAGAAACUUGUGUGUGUAAGAGAUACGAAGAUGUAACGAACAGAAAAGGAAAAAAUAAGAAUGUGAAUAACUGGGAAAAAGGAUAACU